AUGAAAAUCGGUGAUCAGGAUAAAGCUUGGGCCCCUCACAAGGUGUGCAAGCAGUGUGUCGAGAGUUUACGAAUGUGGAUUAAGGGAACACGUGAUAAAAUGCCAUUUGGAAUACUAAUGAGUUGGCGAGAGCCCAGAGAUCAUUCAAGUGACUGUUAUUUCUGUAUGGUGAAAACGUCAGGUUAUAACAAAAAAAAUAAAUGUAAGAUAGAGUAUCCCAGUUUACUAUCGGCUAUACGCCCAGUGCCUCAUUCAGCUGAAAUCCCAGUGCCAGUUUUCGAAGAACUACCCCUAUCAGAACUACAAGAAAGCGUGUGUGAUGAUGAUUCAAGUGACUCCAACGAUGAAGACUUUGAAAUUGAAGACGACUCUGCUCGAAAGGGAUUUGAUCAGAAUGAGUUGAAUGAUUUGGCACGAGAUUUGGGACUAUCCAAAAAAGCUUCAGAGCUGAUGGCAUCCAGACUACGUCGCGCACUGCAAAUAUCUGAUGGUAUCGAACAUAUUGGCAAUAUUCGCUGGGAAUUGGCGGGAACUCUGCUACUGGUGUGGAUUCUAUGCUACUUCUGUAUAUGGAAAGGAGUAAAAUGGACAGGCAAAGUUGUUUACUUCACUGCAUUAUUUCCAUACGUCUUGCUAACUGUAUUACUUAUUCGUGGUAUAACCCUUCCAGGGGCAUUAGAGGGAAUAAAGUUUUACGUGAUACCUAAUUUUUCAAAACUUACGGAAUCAGAAGUAUGGAUUGAUGCGGUUACACAAAUUUUCUUCUCUUAUGGACUUGGACUUGGAACAUUAGUAGCGCUUGGCAGCUAUAAUAAAUUUACAAAUAAUGUCUACAAAGAUGCUUUAAUUGUAUGUACGGUUAAUUCAAGUACAAGCAUGUUCGCUGGAUUUGUGAUAUUCUCCGUUGUGGGUUUUAUGGCAAACGAGCAGCAAAGGCCGGUUGCAGAAGUAGCUGCAUCUGGUCCUGGUUUGGCAUUUUUGGUAUAUCCAUCAGCAGUGUUACAACUACCAGGUUCACCCUUAUGGUCUUGUCUUUUCUUUUUUAUGUUACUUCUUAUUGGGCUUGAUUCACAAUUCUGUACAAUGGAAGGUUUCAUUACUGCUAUAAUCGAUGAAUGGCCACAAUUGUUACGCAAACGUAAAGAAAUAUUUAUUGCUGUCGUGUGCACCCUGAGUUAUCUUGUUGGUCUCACAUGUAUUUCUCAAUUCAUGUUCAAUAUCGACGUUGUUUUUCGUUUUGCGGGUUUUGUUAAGAUUUCGUGA